AUGACAGGCACCCUUUUCUCAAAGGCUGAUAAAGACAUAGAAAUAAAUAAGAAUAAUGAUUGCAAUGAUCUUCAAUGUGAGGAAUUCGAAGAAACACCACUCUAUGCCGCUGUGUUAACUUAUCUUAGCUACGCUAUACUUUGUUUAUUCGGCUGGCUACGAGAUUUUCUACGACAAUCAAAUAUUGAGAAGAAACGUGGUGCUGUUGAUCCUAAUGCUUCAUUGGGCUUCGUUCCACUCUAUCAAAGUUAUGAGUCAUUUUACACACGGAAUAUGUACACACGCGUUCGGGAUAUUUUUAAUCGUCCUAUCGCCAGUGUACCUGGCGCACAGUUUGAAUUAACAGAGCGCAUGUCUGACGAUUAUAAUUGGACGUAUAGAUACACAGGCAGAACAAUUAGUGCUGUUAAUUUCGGUUCAUACAAUUAUUUGGGUUUUGCUGAACGCACGGGUCAAUGUGCAACUGAUGCUAUUAAUGGACUGAAAUCCUAUGCGGUUUCUAGUUGUAGUACACGGUCUGAAAUAGGUACUCAACGUUAUCAUGUUGAACUCGAACAACUACUAGCGAACUUUCUUGGUGUAGAAAGUAGCAUCGUGUUUGGCAUGGGUUUCGCAACAAAUGCAUUGAAUUUGCCAGCAAUAGCAUCGAAGGGCGAUUUAAUUCUAAGCGAUGAAAUGAAUCAUGUAUCACUCAUCAUAGGAAUGCGUAUUUCAGGUGCAAGCUAUCAGACAUUUGCGCACAACGAUAUGAAUGAUUUGGAAGCCAAAUUACAUGCCGCAAUCGUUCACGGACAUCCUCGAACGAAUCGACCCUGGAAAAAAAUCUUCAUCGUUGUCGAAGGUGUAUACAGCAUGGAAGGAUCCAUCUGCCGCUUGCCACAAUUGAUUGAGCUUAAAAAGAAAUAUAAAGCAUAUUUAUACAUGGAUGAAGCACAUUCAAUUGGUGCUAUGGGUAAAAAUGGUCGAGGCAUUGUCGAUUAUUUUAAUGUAAAUGUUAAUGACGUGGACAUACUAAUGGGCACAUUCACUAAAAGCUUUGGAUCAGCAGGCGGUUAUAUUGCAGGAAGAAAAUCUCUGAUUGAUCAUAUUCGUAUACAUUCUCAUGCCAAUACCUAUGCGUCAAGUAUGUCAGCGCCAAUCGUCCAACAAAUUAUCUCUUCUCUUCGUCUUCUCAGUAGUCCAGAAGGUAAAAAACGUAUUUGUCAACUGGCUGACAAUGCACGUUAUUUCCGACGAAAAUUAGUCGACAUGGGUUUUAUUGUCUAUGGAAAUAAGAACUCACCGGUGGUACCCAUGCUACUGUAUUUACCUGCACGAGUAACGCAUUUCAAUCGUGAAAUGUUACGUCGUGGUAUAGCCGUUGUGACUGUUGGUUUUCCAGCGACGAAACUAUUAGAAGCCCGUGUUCGUUUUUGUUUGUCUGCUGCUCAUACACGACCUAUGCUUGAUGCAGCAUUAGCAGCAAUAGACGAAAUCGGUACAGAUAUAUGUUUACGUUAUUCAUCUCGACAUGUACAUCGACGGUUGAAAGAUUUGUAA